AUGGCCCAAAUAUAUCAAAAGGCUCAUUACGACUACGAUGGUAUACAGCGAUCAGAACGACGACCCUCGCGAGGACCUCUUCAUGCUGGGGAUCGAGGUGUUCCGUAUUUGGCAUACCCAACCAGGCCAGACCCUCGCAACGAGUCAAGAACCUAUGUUCUUCCGACCCCUAUUCAUGAUCUAGGAGAAGACAGUGAUCAGGGGUCUGCCAGGAAACGCACCUCGAUGGCUGUAGGCACAAGCCAGACCUUUGACCUCGAUACUUCGGUUGGCGGACCGGCUCCUUUGACUCCUAUCUCGUCUUACAGCCCUGCAUCGCCCGGCGGCAACGGCUACCCUGCGUAUCCUACAGACGACAGAUCCACCUCAGUCCCUGCACAUGUCAGAUCUGGAUAUCCGCAAACUUCUCUUCCCGCUUACAGUUACGACAUCGAUACUCCAACGUAUGCAGUCAGCGAUGACUCUCGAUACUGGACGACUGGAACCCGCCCUAGCACAGCAGUGAGCUACUUCCAGCAAGAAAGUCCUGCAGCGUAUGACUACUCCACACCAAUCUCCAGGAUAUCCAGCGAUUCGAACGAACCUCUGUCUCCUCUGAACAUGAGUAACUUGCAACACUCACUUCCCUUGCCUCUUGAGCGUCGCCUCCCAGCUCCCAACUUUGUCGGCACUCCCAUCACUGCUGACAACGAUAUUCGGAGCCCUAUCAGUGCUCGGCUCUCAGCCUUGAGUAUCAGCGGGCCAUACAGUAGAAGCAACACUACCUCAUGGGCUGUAGACGGCACCGAACGCCGUCAACCCUCGAUUCAUGAUCUCGCGGAGGCCAGUAUGAUGCUGCCGCCAGUUACUCGAGGCCUCAACGGAACUACAUCGACUUUGCCAGCUCUCAACCAUGAUGUCGCUCCUAUGGCUACCGCAAUGUUUGUGUCGUCUGGGAGUGAUGGUCUUGCGUCUGUCCAGGCUUCUACAGGAGCCGCGCAGCCUACUUACUACACUGCCACGACCUCGACGCUCCCAUCAUUGACCACGGGAAUGCUGCUUCCGACAAACUAUGCUCAUUACACAACAAUCAACAACAGUAACUCCUCCUUGCCAGUCAUCAACACAGGCGACCGCACAGACUCUACCGCCUACUACAGCUGGGCUCCCACGAACGCCAGCGGCACCGAAGCUCUUCCUGUCAUCAAUACCGUCGACAUCACACCCCAAUCCAGUGCUGGCGCGGACCGAAGAAACAGCGCUACGCAAAUCCCAGUAGGCUACCCACCUCUGCAUCAUCCACGACCCAAGACUGUGCCAUCCACUCCUCACGCCACAACGUUGGAGAAACACGACCGCGUGCAACAGAAAGACGGAAAGAAUCAAAGACCCUCUUCUGCAUCCAGUCAGCACAAGACUUCGUCUGGAUCAUCGAGCGCGAGCUCCAACAAAAAGUCUGGUCAUCGACCUAGCAAGGGCAGCCUGUAA